AUGACCUACAGGGCCGCGCUUUCCGACGGGCGCUCCAGGAGCAGGGCACUAGUGCCCGGCGGCUCCCCCAGCGGCUCGCGCCCCCGCGGCUUCGCCAUCACCGACCUGCUGGGCCUGGAGGCUGAGGUGCCCGCGCCUGCCGGCCCCGGUGCAAGAUCGGGUUGCGAAGCCUCGGCUGCCGCCCCCUGCAUGGGCCCAGGUCUCGGGGGCGCCUGCCUGGUGCGCGGGGCCCUCCCACUGGGGCUCGGCCUUCUCUGCGGCUUCGGCGCGCAGCCUCCUGCGGCCGCUCGGGCGCCCUGCCUGCUCCUAGCCGACGUGCCGGUCCUGCCGCCCGGGGCGCCCGAAUCUGCUGCCCCGCAAGCUCCAGGUCGCCUGCCCGCCACGCUCAGCAGCCAGAAGAGAAGCGAGAGCGUCUUGGCGUCCGAUGAGGACAGCCCAUCUGAAGACAGGAGUGGCCUGAAGGUGUCCCCAUCUUGUGGCAAGAGGAAGAAGAGGCGGCAUAGGACUGUUUUCACUGCCCACCAGCUGGAAGAGCUGGAGAAGGCAUUCAGCGAGGCCCACUACCCUGAUGUGUAUGCCCGGGAAAUGCUGGCUGUGAAAACUGAGCUCCCUGAAGACCGAAUACAGGUCUGGUUUCAAAACCGGAGGGCCAAGUGGCGGAAGCGGGAGAAGCGCUGGGGUGGCAGCAGCGUGAUGGCCGAGUAUGGGCUUUAUGGGGCCAUGGUGCGACACUGCAUCCCACUGCCAGACUCCGUCCUUAACUCCACUGAGGGUGGCCUGAUUGGUUCCUGUGCACCCUGGCUCUUGGGGAUGCAUAAAAAAUCCACAGAGAUGAUAAGGAAAUCAGGAAAUGAAGAAAAGCUGGCAGGACUCUGGGACUCAGAGCACUUCCAGGAAGGUUCUAGCCCAGGACAGGCAGGAUCCCAGAAAGGCUCAGAUGAAGCCAGCCCUGAGAACAGCUUGGAAGAUGUGGCCAUGGAUCUCUCCAGCUCUGCCCGGCAGGAGACCAAGAAAGCACACCAGGCUGCCAGUGCCCAAGGAUGUUCAGACUCCUUGGGGCUGGAGGGGUUCCAGCCAGGAAAGGUGGGAGCCUGA